AAUUGACGUCGCGGAGUGGAAAAAACGAGAGAUCAGAAUGAACAAUUUUUUAAGGUAAUAUCAUGAUUUAGUGCAGUAAAAUGCAGUCAAGGGCAUGUCUGUACAUGAACUAAAACCAAAUUGCCUAAAAAUAUAUACAUAGAAUAUCUGUAAAUUAAGAUAUUUCUUCGUAGUUCGAAUUUCCUUUAACAAUAACAGCUAUACAUAUUGUGUCUAUCUAGGGAAAAGUUUCCGCUUCAUUUCUGGGUUUUUGCAUUAUAUUAUAACACACACAGGUUAGUCUACAAGUUAGAUUGUUCACUUUUCAUUGAUGUAUAUAAAAAAGUACACGCAUCCCCACCAAAACAGCUGUUUAGUGUGUGUGUGUGUUUUGUUUGUUUUUGCCCAACCACAAACAUGGUCUUUAUCCUUGUCUCCAUUAUUGUAUAUAUCGUUAAAAAUUUGUAACACUCAUCUGGUGUAAUUUCGUAUCGUUGUUAAUGUUGUAAUAUUAAUUUUAUCUUCCAAUUUGAGCAUGUCUAUUGAGUGUUAGUCCGAAAUAUUUGUUUUCCAGCAGGCACAGUAAAUAUCAAAAUCAUAAAAAAUCCAGGAAAACGUCAGAUAAUUCGGACUAGUUGAGUAUCAACUUAAGUAGUACUCUACAGCUGGUCAUCGUGGUUCCAGUAGAGCAUUAGAUUCUAAUAUACAAAUCAAUAUGUAAAAUCUAGUGACCUCAUUCAGGUACACCCCUUGAGACCUUUUCGUUGUCCAAUAUUUCUUCCUAUUACAUAUGGAAACCAUCACACGUACUGUGUAGUAGAAUUCUUUAUGUUUACUUCUGAAUGUUUUGUCUUGACAAUGUUACAAGAUACACAGGACUAGAUUUAGCCAGCAUCCAUUUGUCAAUAUGUGUAUUGUAAAGGAUCUUGUAGUUUCAUUUUGUUUAUAUAUGUUUUUGUUUUUAUAUAAGCAAUUACAAAAAACUCUAAACACUUUCUUGAAAUAAUUCGACCGUAUUAAUUACCAGUCUUCUUCUGUCGUGUUUAUCUGUCAUAGCAACGUAACGCAAGACAACGUACACAAAAGUACUAUGAUGUCACAGUGAGUGUUACAAUUGAAAUGUUAUUAAAAUUUGAUAUUGCAAGAAAAGCAUUUAAUAUUGUAUAUACACAAUAUAUGUUACAUAUGUAAACAAUUAUAUAUAUAUAUAUAUAUAUAUAUAUAUAUAUAUAUAUAUAUAUGUGUGUGUGUAUGUAUGUAAGACUCUGAAAUGCAAUGGUCAUUCCAAAAUGUGAUGGUCACGCUAAAGUGAGAUGGUGUGGGUUUGAGUAAUGUUUGUGAUGUCGUGUUAUUAUGAUGUCAUUUGUAACGUCUUUCAAAAUCAAACCAAAGAAAUACAACAUUAGUUUGCCCCAGUGAAGGUCCUUUCUGCUGGCACCAACGUCUUCAGGAUAUUGGAGGAAGACACUGGUGUUUUAAGAUUGACAUGGAUGAUAAGCAAGGGCAAUUUCUACACAGUUAAGGAUUGUGAGAAUGGCAAAGUACAUUUGUUGUCAAUACAUGUAUCUACUUCGUCCAAGCAUGCUUUGAUGCGUGACUUGUGAUGUGCAGGUAAUAAACUCCUAGGGGGAUGUUAUAAUGCUAAACAUUCUAGAUGAUUUAGCGUUGGAAAAUUUUAUGCUUGAUAACACGACAACUAAAUAGUAAAGAAAUAAGCUCUUAUUAUUAUUUUGCUUGGAUUUUGUAUUGAUAUUUUGGUGUCAGAAAUGACGCACAGUUGGUACAGUCUGUACCAAAACACGUGUGUCCAUCCAAUUUUGCAAACCAGCGGACUUCAUUCAACGUGUCACUCUAUCGCACUUUGGCGCAUUGGUGUGUACCAUCAAACUUUAGCAAGUCACACCAUUGCACUUUGUCCCAUGAGUGUGGACCAUUGCACUUUUGUGUGUCACACCAUUGGGAUUUGGUGCAGACGAUCUCACUUUCAUGUGACCAUCACACUUUGGAGUCCUACAUAUAUUGUCAUGAAAUAAGAUUCCUGUGAUCCAGAGGGAUGAAAAUUCAUGACACAAUAUGUAUAUAGAAAAUGAAAUGUCCUUGCCCCCUACAUUCACCCAUAAGUCACCAGAUGUAUUUUGCUAUAGCUUUCAAAGAUGAGCAUCAAAUGGAAUUCAUGAGAGGCUCUGUCAUACUUGACAAAUAACUGGAUAAUUAAUGUGUGAUAUUAAGAGUGGCCCUACUCAUGAAGUUCAUGUGAUUUUUUUAUGCUAGUAUUUGUAUGAGUUAUAUUUGUUUGAGAAAGUAAGUUUACUUACAAAAAUCAUGUUAUCUGAUGUCAACAAGCUUCAUGCAUUGUACACAGAUUUCAAAUGGAGGAAAAUUGAAGAUUAUCAGUCUGAUAUACUGUACUGGCGGGGUAAAAGACCACAAAACAUGAAAUUGAAACAUUCUGAAUACUUAAUUCAAAUAUUUUGGACUAAGUCCCAAUAAUUCAAGGCACUUACAAUCAAUUCAUGUUUUUAAGUUCUGUCGUACAGUAUUGUAGAUAAAUACCACAAUGAAAUAUAUGAUUUUAUAUACCUGUAGCAUACAAAAUAAUGUAGAUGCAGAUUUCUUACGAAUUAAAAAUUGUGAUCAUAACAAAUUAGUACACAACUUCAAUAUUCUUAAGAAUGUAUCAAUUGCAAAUAGUUAAAUCCCACUACUAAAGGUAAUUAAAAAAAAGAAAGAAAGGUAUUUCAAGUACCGGUAUGUUGUGUUUAUCAUUAUUUGAUAUUAAAUGUGUCGGAAGAUAUAAAAAAAAAACAACCCACCAACCCUACAGCAUCAUACACUUAAACAAGCUUACAAUAGAUGUAGAGGGAGUUUAUUAUGAUUAGAUAAAAUUCAAACUUGACAAUUCAAAACAACAGACCACUUCUUAACAGAAAAUGAAAUGCUCAUUGCUCGACUGCACACUAGAGUCAUGCACUUCUUCACUGUUGACAUGUCGUUUAAUUGUCAUUAUGUCGUCCCUCAAAUCAUAGUCAUUUUAUCAUCUCAUAAAUCAUCUGUUUGCCAUUGUAAUGUCUCUCAAAUCAUUUGUUUGCCGUUACAUGGGAUACGCAAAAGAAAAAAAAAAGUACUAAUUAAUAAAACGAUUGCUGACAGUGUAAUGCGAAUGUGGUGCCUUAAUCAACCAUCAUAUCAGAUACCAGUGUUCAUUUCGCAAUAUCAAUCUCCAUGUUGUAAGUAUAGUUUUGGGACAUUGGAAUUAAUCAAAUUUACAUGUAAUGAGCUUCACCUGACCUUCUUAUGAUUGAUGAGUUGUUCAUGUGAACAGCUAUGUGCAGGACUGGUAUUUGUGAAAUCAAUUCCCAACAGAGACAAAGCUGUUUUAAAAAAAGUGAAUGUUUGAGACACAAGGAGUUACAAAUUCACAUUGCCACAGCUUCGGUUCUUGGUAUUAGGUGUUAAUCCUGAUGCAUUGAUGUAGCUGCUGCCAGAUUUAAAGAAGAUUUUACUAUAAUUACCAUAAUGGUAUUGAAGUAAGUGGAAAACCUGAUAUGCCAAAUUAACAAAGAAAAUUUUCAUCUGGAGUUACAAUGGGGACUCCAUCGAAGGAACGAUGUUAUCUAAAAAGUUUGCAGUAUGCUCCUGAACUUUUGAAACAGUUAAACAACUUGCGACAGGAACAGGUGUUUACAGAUGCCACCUUAUGUGUUCAACACGAAGAAAUUUACUGUCACCGCAUCGUUCUCGCAGCCAGCAGUCCUUACUUCCGUGCCAUGUUUUCCCACAACUUGCGAGAGGGGCGUGACUACAGUGUCUCGUUUCAGGAUGUGUCCCCAUGGACUAUGAAACGUAUAAUUGAUUAUGUCUAUACAGGAAACUUAGAAAUAACAACAGAAAAUGCACAGGAAUUAUUGGCGACUGGAAGCUUGUUCGAGUUUCCUGCCAUUGUGUCAGCUUGUUGUGAUUUUCUCAAGCAACAGCUCCAUAUCAGCAACUGUCUAGGUAUAGAGGAAUUUGCUAUGAUUCAUUCAUGCAAGAAACUACAGGAUGAUGCUCACAAGUAUAUAUUAGAAAACUUCCAUAGUGUCGUAGAAUGCGAUGAGUUUUUGCAUUUGAGUUUAAAUCGUCUUAAAGAAUACAUUGCAAGUGAUUGGAUAGAAGUGCAGAUGGAGGAUAUCGUGUACGAAACUGUAAUGAAAUGGAUCAAUUAUGACAUUGAUGAAAGACGCAAUGAUUUGUAUGAGCUUUUGGAGGAAGUCCGACUUCCUAUAAUAGAUUUAAACAAACUGAAUGCCAUUGAACACGAUCCUCUCAUAAGAAGCAUGCCUAGCUGUCUAAAGCUGGUAAUGGAAGCGAAGGAACAGCACGAGUCCAUACAUGAUCAACAUGGCCGCAGGAGACGUAGCAUGCAGAACUGCCAAGUUCACCCCCGUCCAUCCACUGUUGCCACGGAGAAACUGGUGGUCAUUGGAGGUCAAGGUACAAGGUCAGUGGAGAUGUAUGACACUCAGAAAGUGAAGUGGUUAGAUCUUCCACCCUUUCCAAAAUCCGUGGCUUCCUACAGUGUGUGUGCGGUGUCCAAUUCAAUAGUUGUAACAGGAGGAAUCCUAGAGAACCGUAUCAUCGCUGAAGUUUGGAAAUUUGACAGCGUCAAACGGGUGUGGCUAGAGAUGCCACCACUUCUGAAACCCAGAGCUCGACAUUCAUCAGGGGUAUUACAAGACAAGCUCUUUGUGCUUGGCGGCAUUACAUAUGAAACAACGUCAUCCUGCAUAGAUUUAGAUACAAUCGAGAGUUAUGAUUCCAAAAUCAAGGCUUGGACCGUGGUAGGGCAUUCCCCUGUUCCCAGAACUUUCUCAAAGAUUGUCACAAACAACGAUGCCCUGAUAGAGGUUGGGGGCCUUCAAAGGGGAGUAAAAAUGAAAACCGUAGAAAGCUACAUGCUGAGUGAAAAUGGUAAAAUGAAAUCGACAGGGGAACAGUUCAUUUUACCUGAGGCGAUACAGUUUGCUCAAAUAGUCGUGAUCAACAGGAUAUUCUACAUCAUCUGGGAGGAGUCGAAAAAAAUGAUUGCCUUGAAUCCUCAAAAGCGAACAUUCCAGACACUUGCAGAUUUGCAUUAUUCUCACAAAUACAGUGGGACCACUGUUUUAGGGGACAGAAUCUACCUGACAGGGGGACUGGUGGAUUCGCGACCCAGCAACAUUGUAGAAUGCUAUGACCCCAAUGCCGAUACUUGGACCAUUGAAAACACCAUGAAAGAAAGCCGUGCCUUUCAUGGUUGUGUCACGAUUCAACUGUGAUUUAGACUCCUGUUUUGUCAUAUGAAGUUUGUAGACAGUUGAACUAAGUUCUCAUGAAUGUCCGUAUGUUGUCAUAUCACAGAUUUGAAUUUUACACAUUUUGCUGAAUGCUGUGUACAUGUUUGUAAGCUCACCUGAUCAUCUGUUUUUCUGUCGGCUGUCUGUUGACCCCCUUUUUUCUUAGGCUUUCAGCUUUUCCAGAAAACUUGCCAAAGUAUCCCUGACUAAAGGGGAUAUAAGUUGAUUUGACUGAAGGGCCAUAUCCCUUUCCAGGAUGUAAAUGUUAUAUAUAAAUUGUAAAAAAAAAGGUUUGGGUGUUUAAAAAAUCGUCUUUAUUUAAGAACUGUUUUGUCAAAUUGAAUAGAAAAACCCAAACUUUCAUGUAUAUUGAACAUUACAAGUUUGUACAAACCUUGACCCCUGAGGACUUUCUAGUGCCUUUAGGAUGAGGCCACGGGGUGGUUUGAAUUUAUACAUAUUAAGGAUAUAUUUAAAAAAAUAAUCUUCUCAAGAACAAGUCUAAUUUGUGAAAUUAGAACACAAGUAUCCUUAUGUAGUGUAUAUUCAUUUUUGUUCAAACCUUGACCCAUCAGGCCAGGACAAAGGAACAACCUGGGUUUAAAAUUUCAGAAUAUAUUGGAGAUGUCUAUGAACAGUUUGGCAGAUGAAUAUGCUAGCAUCUUCAGUGUGUGGGCAAUUGUGUUCAAAGAAUAACACAUGAAACCAAGGUUAUGCUACAAUUGGACUUCAAAAUUUUAAACUAACAUUCCCCAUAGGUGCAUGAUGACUCGGGUGAGCAUUGCAGCCCAUCUUCUUUAUUUCAUGAUUUCAAAAAAAAAAAUUCUAUGGUUCUCAAUCAGGAAAUGUGCUCUUUCCUUGAAAUUGUGAUAUAAUGUAACACCACUGCAUUAUGAUGGUGCUAGAAUAUUUCUUCAUUUUGCCAUAUUGCAUUUUUAACUUAUUCUGUUUGAACCUAACAAGCUGUAUAAAUAAGUAUCAUAGUGACUUGCCUUGACUCUCAAGCUUUUUAUUUUUGCAGUUAAAGUGGACCAUUUUUUAAUCCCCAGGUUGAGAAGUAAAUUUUUAGAUUUCUACGUAUUUUUCAGUAUAUAUAGUGACAUAACUGAUUCGGAUGCUGUGAUUGAUCCGGGUUAUACUUACGGUAGAUCAGGAUAAAGCUGGCAUGGAUGAUGCAUCCAUGAAUACACUCAGCCAUUCAUAAUUCAGAUACCGCAUUUGACCUGUAUUUCCAGAUAAGUGAUCAAGUUACUGUUUUUGCAGAAGGUCCUUUCCUUUAAUAGUACCUACACUGCAUACCAAAGUAUUCUUCUCUGUCAGUUCAAACUUGAAGUUGAUCCAUAUUCUUCGGUGCGCACAACCAUUCAAGAUUUAUUUUUAAAUGAGUUGUAAGCUUUCACUUUGCAUUUACAUGUACAUGUGCAUGUACAUUAUUAUUCAGGAUCCUGCAUUUGACCUAUAUUUUUUGGAUGAGUGGUUAAUACGUGUUUUGUAGAUCCUUAAAGAGGAAUAAUACGUCAUCUUAAGGGCUGACUUUCUUUUUGAUACUCGUGUCGACUGCUGAUCUGAAGUUCAUGUAUUUAAGUCUUGCAGAUUUUAAAUUUUUUCCACAUUACUGCAUUUUUAACUAAAUAAGGUAGAUUUGAAACUUUUCAAUUUGACAAUAUUAUAAUUGUACAUAUCCUCCACUUUCCCCAUCCAUGUCAGAUUUCUCGGGUGUGUUAUUCCUCCUCAAGAUUUCUGCCUUCGUAAUGUAGCUUUUACGUGGUUCAAUAUUCUCAUCACGACUUGAGAAAAUCAUUGUUUUGUUUAUGAGAUGUAUGAAUCCUUUCUGAUUUAUAUGAACUUUAUUUAUAAAGUGUAUUCUAAGAAUCAACUCCUUGUAUGGGGGACUUAUCAUGUGUACCUCUGCUCUUCUUCACGAAUUUGAACCCAUCCAGAAAGCUUUGGUGUUUUCUGACAACUCUUAUUUAAUAUUGUUAAUGGAUUCUGUAAGUCUUGUUCAGAUUUUCCCUACAUAUACAUGUAUUGCAUACCUUUUUUAUAGAUUACAAUUGUAUUGAAAUGUUUUUAUUGAAUUCUUUGUUAUGAGGUGCAUUCAUUUAUUUACUAGUAUUUUUAAAUUCAAUGCCAAGUACAUGUGUCAUGUUUUACCGGCUUUUAAUAGAAAUGACUAGGAUAAGUAUCAGAGGAAUGUUUUGCUGUAAAUUUUUAUACUCUGAAGAUGGAGAUUAUAAGUAUUUGGAGGUGGGGGUGGGGAGUACAUAGAUUUUGGCCCUUCUUCAACAGUAAUGUAUAAGACACAGAUUUCGUACUUUGUUAACUGAAAAGUCAAGGUCUGAUCUGAGAAUAGUCAAAGUCAUCAAUCUAGGUCAAGGGGGCAUAGUAUUUCACAAACUCUUGUUAUGAACAAACAAUUCUCGAACAGCAGAAAGUUGACCAUCACAAAGAACAGUUAUACCCAUCAACCAUGAAAUGAAUUUAUUACAAACAUAAAUUGUGCUCUUUUUCCUCAAACCAGGAACAUUUCUCCCACAAAAACUAGUUACGAUACUCGUAUUGAUUCUCAAACAAACACCAUGUAUAUAGUAAGUUUUCGUGAGUAGGGGAAAUAUUUUACAAACAUUCUCACAAAUAAAAAUUGUAGUAUUUCUGAUCUUCCAUUGGGUACAACAUAGUGUGUAUAUAUGUGUAAGGUAGGUGAGAAGCAGAGGGGUAUCAUUAUAAUGAGAAAACAAAACCUGGGCUCUGUUUUUAGUCAUGUGCAUAGACAAAAUACACAUCAUGUUAGAUUUCUUUGAUGUGUUAGAUUCUGUUUCGGCUCAAUGUAGUGGAUUUUCAUUUUACAUGUGAAAUGCAGAUUCCAGUAAAACUUGCAUGUUAUUUAGUGUAUGAGAUAACAGUAUCGGAAUUUGUCAUGUUGGGUAUUUAAAAUUAAAAUAAAAUAUUAUUGAUACAAUUCUUGAUAUUAGCUUAAUUAAGUAUAAGUUGAGUUAUUAGAUCAUUUCUGUACACUCUUCAUCAUUUACUGAAAAGUUUGUAUUCUGAUGGCACAAUACUGGAUUAUCAUCAAUUUUAUGUCCAUGUUAAUACAUAUUGUUCACGUAUAGGAAGACUGGAUCAUCACUGUUAAGGAAGCAAUUUAGACUUGUAAUAAAUGAAUAUAUUUACAUGUACAUUAGCCACAAACUGCCCCAUUCUUGCCGGCAACCAUGGUGAUACUUGGGGCAAAGAAAUAAAUAAAAGUUGGUGUUUCAA